GUUAUAAUUAUUUUGAAAUCGAAUAUAAUCAUAUUUUCUGCAAAAAUAAGGAAAUGCCGUUACCACCAGCAAGUGGUACUGGUAGAUACUUUACAAAAGCCGCAAAAUCGAUCCGACUGAUUCGUCAAGGAUGCACGAAUAGGCCUUUUUACCACAUUUCAGUAACUCAUAGGCGAAGACUUAACAGCCAACCAGUAAUAGAGCAGCUGGGUUCUUACGACCCUGUGCCCAACAUGUACAAAGAGAAACUAGUAGCAUUGAAUCUGGAGAGAAUCAAGUACUGGCUUGGAAAGGGAGCACAUGUUAGCAACCCUGUUGCUGAGUUGCUUGGUUUAUCAGGCUUCUUCCCAAUCCACCCUCGCUCCUACAUGACGGCGUGGAGAAAUAGAAGAACAGAAUGAGAGAACCUUGCAAAGCUGGAAGCUGAGAAUGCUAAAGCAGCACUCACUGAACCUUCAUCAUAAUAUAGUUGUUCAUUUAGUUAUUAGUCCUCAAUUUGGAAUAGUUAAAAUAUAUUAUUAGCACCAUUAUGUACAUUUGAAUUUAGGCAAUGGAAAACUUUCAAAAAGCUCAGAGGAAAAUAUGAUAACUCAUUUUACUUUGGUUUCUUUCUUUACUUAAUUCUUGAAUUAAAAGUUGACCAGCAAGAUUUGAACUGUGUUACGGUAUUGUACAUACCUCAUUUCUUAAUUAACUUACUAGGCUUUAUUUUAAUGACAUUCUACAUUAAAUAACAGUGUACAUAUGCAUUUUACUAGAAUAAAACU